UAUUAUGUUUGUUAAUGCAACUGUCAACAAAGUAUGAUAGCUUUGAUUCAUUAAUAACAUUAUUUAGUACACUCUCGAUGUGAGGAAUGAAGAAUAAAAAGGUGAAACCCUCAAAGGGUGUAAGCAACAGAAAAAGAGUGCUCAGUGAUGUGUCUCCAUCCAGCAGCAUUCCUCCUCUGGUGGAGGGACAGCUGAGAUGCUUUCUGAGAGUGACAGUGAGUAAAGUGCUGUGGACCAUCACCAGACCUCCUCCUGUGACUCUGAUCAGGCUCAGAUGGUGGGGAGAGUCUUCCAGUGGCACCUUCUUCAGGCCUAGAGAUGGACAUGCUGAACAGAAAGGGGUCAAAUCGACUGCCCGCUUUCCAGUUCGAUGUGGACCCAAACAGCUGACUUCUUAUUUGACAGAUAUGGGCUCAUUGGUGCUGGAUGUGCUUACAAAGGUUGAUCAUUUGCCUAUAGCUCGAGCUCAAAUCCCUGGGAUCGCCCGGCUUUCUUUGUCUCGCUCCAUAAAUGGAUAUUUCACUCUUGUUUCCCCGUCGUCAGAAAAACUUGGAGAGCUACAGGUCACACUUGCCCUAGAAGCGUUAACAGAGGGAUAUGACAGCAGUAGUUCAGUACCCACGACUGAUAUGAGCCUCGACGCACAGGCUCCUGGAGUAACAACUGACCAGAACAUGCCUGCACAUUCAUCCAUGGAUCAGGCUCUCCCGAGUGUGAAGGAGGCAGCUGGCAGCAGCUCUGGCCACAUGCCUAG